UUCCUUUUUCCCUUCGCGCGACAACUUAUCAAUAAGGGAAAUGGGAGUGAUAGAAAACGGCGCCACAUCCGGUGUAUUGCCGAGCAGUGAGGCUUUCGCCGUCCACUAUCCCGGCUACCCUUCUUCCACGGCACGUGCCGUUAAGACCCUCGGGGGCACCGAAGGAAUUCUCAAGGCUCGCAGUUCACAAUCGAACAAGUUGGAGCUCCGUUUCCGCCCUGAAGACCCGUAUUCGCACCCGGCGUUCGGGGAGCUCCGUCCCUGUGACAAUUUGCUGCUGAAAAUAGCUAAGAAAGAGUCCAGUACUGAUGGUGGCCAAAUUUGCGCUGACAUCGUUGCUCGCGUCCCCGAGGCUUAUCACUUCGACGGGAUGGUGGACUACCAGCAUGUUGUGGCUGUCCAUGCGGACGUUGCCGAGAGAAGGAAAAAGAGAAAUUGGGCCGAGAUGGAGGACCCACAUUUUGAGAAGGGUGGUCUGAUGGAUGUGGAUCAGGAGGAUGUUAUGAUUCUGUUGCCCCCGCUUUUUUCGCUUAAGGAUAUGCCUGAGAAUCUAGUGUUAAGACCACCACCCACAUUAAGUUCAAAAACAAAACAAGAUGAAGUUGUGCAACAAGAUUGGAAGAUGGAUAUGGAGCCAGUUCUUGCAAUUGAUUUUAACAUUAAAGAGAUUCCUAAGAGAGUCAAUUGGGAGGGAUAUGUACCUCAAGGAUCAGAUCAAUGGGAGUGGCAGAUGCUUCUAUCCAAUCUUUUUGAUGAGCGGCCUAUAUGGCCCAAGGAAUCACUGACUAAACGUUUGCUUGAUAAGGGCUUAACUUUUACAGUCGAGAUGUUUAGAAGGCUUCUUUCUAGGAUUGCAUACUACUUCUCAAGUGGACCAUUUCUCAGGUUUUGGAUCAGAAAAGGAUAUGAUCCUCGCAAGGAUCCUGAUUCUCGCAUAUAUCAGAGAAUUGAUUUUCGUGUACCACAACCAUUACGAAGUUAUUGUGACGCUAAUGCAGCCAAAGGAUUAAAGCAUAGAUGGGAGGAAAUAUGUGCAUUUCAAGUUUUUCCUUACAAGUUCCAGACAUCAUUGCAGUUUUUUGAACUCGCCGAUGAUUACAUUCAACAAGAGAUAAGGAAGCCUUUAAUGCAGACAACUUGCACGUUUGGAACAGGAUGGUUCUCAUACCACAUGCUGAAUUGCUUAAGACAGCGUCUUAUGGUGAGGUUCCUAUCAAUCUUCCCCAAACCUGGUGCAGAAAAUUUACUUAGAGCUGCUUCUGAAAGGUUUGAAAAGCUAAAGAAGGAAGGCAAUAAGAUUGCCUUAAAGCCUGGUGAAGUGCACCAGCAAACCAAUGCAGAAUCUACAAGAAAUGAAGAUGAGGAGCCCAAUAAUGUUGAGGAUGAAGAAGAAGAUGAAGUUGACAAUGCUGAAGAAGAAUUGGAUCAAUAUGAGGCCGAAGAGGACGGUGAAAUAUAUCUGCAGGCACAAGCAUAUGUCAACGUGGAGAACAUCUCAGCAACCCAUUUGCAAGAGAUAUUUGAUAGUUUUCCAUCAACUGAAGUAGGUGGUGAUAAUACACAUGAUGCAAAUAUAAGUGACGAAGAAUAUGAAAUAUAUGAGCCAGAUAGUGAUGACUGCUACUCAGAUGACAAUGAAAGCUAGCAUCCAUAGUUUGGUGAAGCUAUAUAGAGCAGGGGGAAAAAAACUGCUCCAGCUUUCGGAUCAUAUGUCAAGAACAAUGCUGCCGCCGCCGGAAUAAAAAUAAGUUUGAUCGAGAAACUUUGGGAUAAAAAUGUGUAAACAUGAGUAUAGAUGACUCUUUUGGGGGAAGUGAAAAAACCAAUGCUUUUAUAUUUGUUAGUAUUGUUUGUUCUUUUUGGUUUAUGCCUAUGGUGCCUAAAUUGCUAGGGGUUAUGCACCUUUCAUAUGGUCGGUAGAGCAAAACAUUACAAGUUGGACCUAUGAAAUUAUAAAUGAUCUUCACGUAUAAAGUUAAAGUGGGGGAAAUA